AUGUCUGCAAAACAGAUCUUCGAGAAGUUCAACAAGAACAAAAACGGUAAACUCUCAUUAGACGAGUUUCGUGAAGCAGUUCUCGCUUUCUGUAGCAUUCCUGAUGAAGAAAUCGCUAAACUGUUCAAGGAGAUUGACGUGGACGGUGAUGGCGAGCUCGGGGCUGAGGAGUUUACUACGUGCGUUGAUAAAAUGUUGAAGGAAGCGUUUGCUUUUUGUGAUAACGAUGGUGACGGAAAGAUAACGACCGAUGAGUUCUACGGGGCCAUGAUUGCGCUCGGAAAAGAUUGCACCGAAGAGAAAUGUGCCGAGAUAUUUCGAUCCGUCGAUGCAGAUGGUGAUGGUCGUCUGAGUUUUGAAGAGUUUAUGACUAUGAUAAUUGGCGACUUGUAA